CUCGAAUUGAAGAAUAAACCCACCAGAUUCCGGAGGCCUCUUCUGUUACGUUUUCUCGUCUCUUUCUGCUUAUAAACCAUUUUCUGUCUGCCGAUCUCCUUCCUCCAUAAAUUGAACGCCCCUCCGCCGGCGAAAAUAUUUUUUCCCUAACCCUAGAAUUUUUCAUGGCCUCAUUGUCCUUCGAUUCAUGUCCGUUCCGUCCUUUCUCCCUUUCGGUUCAAGCUAUUUUCGUCGUCGAUCUCUUCUUUUUCUUUUCUAAAUUGUCUCGUUCUAGGAUUUGCAGUCAACAUUGUACCCGUUUUUGACGAACAGAGGGCCUGCCGCCAUGGGAAAGCGUAAGUCUCAGCGUAAAACGGCUGUUCCGUCAGACUUUCAGGACGAUGAGAGUGUGAGUUCGACGUUGACUGACCAGUCGGAUCCUGCCCUUGCUAAGGGGGUUGAAGACGUCCGGCUUGAAGACGUCGAGCUUAACAAGGACAGCUUACUUGAUCAAUCUCUUGAUGCUCUAUUUGAGAAGAGGGCUUCUACAAGAGAGAAGGCUUUGUCAUCAAUUGUUCAGGCUUUUAGCAGCAACUUGCAGCAUGAGUUUGCGGAGAAGAAUUUUGUUACCUUACUGCAUCGGUGUUUGAGUUCAAUCAAGCGCGGGUUUUCCAAAGAGAUACCUCUUGCAUCACGUGCCAUCGGAUUGUUAGCUUUGACACUUGGUUCUGGGGAUAGUGCACAUGAAAUAUUCAAGGAGUCAAUCCCUGUUUUUUCACAGGCUCUCAAAUCUCCAUCUCAAUCAUCUAACCCAUCAGCUUUAGUGGAGUGUUUGGCUAUCAUCACUUUUGUUGGGGAAAAUGAUCCCCAGGAGGUAGAGAGGGUAGUGCAAAUUAUGUGGCAAUUGGUCAAUCCAAAACGGGGUUCCAAUGUUGUUGCAACUAAGCCUUCAGUUGAAUUAAUGACAGCAACUGUGUCUGCUAGCUCUUUUCUUCUUACAAUUAUGAAUGGAUGGAGAUGCAAAGAUUGGCAGGAGUCAGUUUCUUAUUUUUCUACCUUGCUAGAUAAGGAUGACCGAUCUAUACGCAAAGCAGCUGGUGAAGCACUGGCUGUAAUAUUUGAGACAGGAAAUUUCGAAAAGUUCUUUGCUGAGGCUAAAGGUUCUACUGAUGGCUCAAUUCAUGAAAGAGAUAAUUCUUUGAAAGGAUACGAACAUAUACAAGGAUUGAGGGCGAAAAUCUUAAAUCAAGUGAGAAACCUUUCUAUGGAGGCAGGUAAUAAAGGUUCUAGUAAGAAAAAUCUUAAAAGCCAGCGGGAUCUGUUUCGGGAUAUAUUGGAAUUUCUUGAGUAUGGAUCCUGCCCUGAAACAUAUACGCUGAUAGGUGAUGAUCCACUAACCACAUCGACGUGGUCCGAAAUGAUACAGCUGAACCUUUUGAAGCAUUUUCUUGGGGGAGGAUUUCUGAAGCACAUGCAGGAUAAUGAAUUUCUUCAUGCUGUCUUUGGGUUUGCACCAACAAAAAGGGUACUAUCAGGAAAUGAUCCGCGUAUAUUUAGAGGGAAUAAGAGGAUACCAACUUCAUCAAAUGGUAAAGCAAGGACCAAGUUUCUGAACAAGCAGCGGAUGUUAUCUCAGGAAAGGAACGGUGGCGUCUCUUCAUCUGGUUGGGACAGUGAGCAGGAAGGGUUGUAUGAUGAUUGAUAUGAGUAUGCGUUGAUGGAAUGAUAACCCAUUUUUAUUAUAUUGGGUCCUCUCUUUUAUGUGUAAAUGAGUUGGUCCUCUCAUGCCAACCUUCCAGCUUGAUGAUGCUUGUAGUUAGUUGUAGGGGUUGGUUACAAAAUUUUCUUGUUAAUUCGAUCACUAUCACAUACAUCCCAAACUAGUAAAUUGAGGGAGAGGGGAAUUCUCUUAUUUUUUAUUAUUUGUUUUAGUGGUGGGUUCCUAGUACCCUGUCAUGUGUAACUUUAUGUAAUAAUUCUUUUUCUAAUUAGUGCCAAUUCAAUGGCCUAUUUGAUACCUAAAUCAAAUAGGUUUUGAAUCUCA